AUGGACCCGCGAUUGGCGCUAGAGCUAGAGGAUGAGCGGGAAGACGUCGAAGCGCGUCUGCAGAAAAUACAGGAGGAGGUAGAAUCGCUGCUAGAAGAGCAGGAGCAGCUAAUCAAGAGACGCGAGGAGAUUAACUCCAGACUAGAGGCGUCAUCUGCGGCUGCAGCCGCGUGGGCUGCUGCUAAUAACGCGAAUGCUAAUAGCCAAGCUGCCAGUGAGAGCAAAAAUGAUUUUAACAGGAACGCUGGUAAUGGUGGUGAUGGUGGUGGUGGUGCAAAAUCUGAGCAAGGAGUAGCUGUGGGUGUGGGGGGGUCAAGAGGAGUAGGAGGAUCAGGAGGAACAGGGGGAGCAGGAGGAGGAGCGGGAGGAGGAGCAGGUGCAGCAGGGUUGGGAUCGGUGGCGAGGUGGCAAGCUCCCUUUGAAUGGGACGCCCAGGUGGCUGCGGUUGGGCGAGAUGUGUUUGGGAUCGGACGGUUCAGAUCGCAGCAGAGGGAGGUAAGGGAGAAGGCUCGGAAGCAGGGACGUCCUGUGCAAACGGGACGUGUUUGUGGUCAUUCCGGCAGGGGGGGACAGGAGCUUCUGCUACCAGCUGCCAGCACCACUGUCCUCAGUCAACCUGUCCAUAGCACUCUCCUUUCUCCUCCCUGCUUCUCCCCUCCAGCAGUGCUUCUCCCCUCCUCUCAGAUCAUCAAUACGAUCAUCAAUGCAGUCCUGUGCAAGAGGGAUGUGUUUGUCAUCAUGCCAGCAGGGGGCGGGAAGAGCCUCUGCUACCAGCUGCCAGCGCUGCUAUCUGCACUGCUCACUUUCUGCCCUGCUGCCCUGCUGCAAUGCUUGCUUAUCGUUCUCCUCUCCCUUCGUCCCUCCCCUCAUCAGAUCAUCAACGCCGUGUUGUGUAAACGAGAUGUGUUUGUCAUCAUGCCAGCAGGGGGCGGGAAGAGCCUCUGCUACCAGCUGCCUGCACUGCUAUACCCAGGCAUCUCCCUGGUCGUCAGCCCACUUUUGUCGCUCAUUCACGACCAGGUCAUGUGCCUGUCAGGCUUUGGCGUGCCAGCGGCCAUGCUCACAUCUACAACGUCCAAAGACGAGGAGAGGUGCUCAUGCGGUAACCGCACCUCACUGCUAUACGUCACUCCUGAGAAGGUGGCACGCAGCAAGCGGUUGAUGUCGAAGCUGGAGAAGCGCCAUGCUGCUGGGAGGCUCUCAUUGAUUGCCAUAGAUGUGAGUGCUGGCACGCAGAGGCGCACUGCUGCAGCCAGUGGGGGCAUGACUUUUGUCCCUGACUAUGCCCCUCCUACACAUUCACUUUCCCCCACACCCCUGUUCAACCCCUCCUCCUCCCUCUUCCCUUAUCAGGAGGCGCAUUGCUGCAGCCAGUGGGGCCAUGAUUUCCGCCCCGACUAUGCUCAUCUCUCAGUGCUAAAAAAGCAGUUCCCCAAGACGCCCAUGCUCGCCCUCACAGCAACAGCAACUGAACGAGUGAGGGAUGAUGUGAGGGACAUGCUUCAAAUGCGGCGAUGCGAGCUCUUUGUUUCCUCUGUCAAUCGACCCAACCUCUUCUAUGAGGUGCGGGAGAAGCCGCCUGGUGCAGCUGCUGCUGUGGAGUCGAUUGCUCACUUCAUUCUGGAGCACUAUGCGCCUUCUGACUCGGGCAUUGUCUAUUGCUUCUCACGCAAGGAGUGCGAGCAGGUAGCAUCGGAGCUGUCGCUGCGGGGCAUCCCGGCAGCGCACUACCAUGCCGACAUGGACCCUUCCCAUCGCACUCAUGUGCAUGUGAGCUGGAGUCGGGGGGAAGUGCAAGUCAUUGUGGGCACUGUUGCAUUUGGAAUGGGAAUCAACAAGCCUGACGUUCGGUUUGUGAUACACCAUACUCUCAGCAAAUCUAUAGAGACCUACUACCAGGAGAGUGGGCGAGCAGGCAGGGAUGGGCUGCCGGCUCGCUGCAUUCUCUUCUUCCGAUGUGCGGACCUGCCCCGACAGAGCAGCAUGGUAUUUGCAGAGAACGCUGGGCUGAUCAAUCUGUAUGCCAUGGGACGGUAUGCCAUGAAUCGCCGUGAGUGUCGGAGAACGGCCAUCUUCAGACACUUCGGGGAGGAGCCGAGGGAAUGCGAAGGUAUGUGUGACAUUUGCAGCCAGGGAGGAGGAGGAGGGGAACGAACAGCGCAGCAGGACUUUACUCCCCACGCCCGUUCCAUACUCGAAUUCGUUCAAGAAACCCAAUCGUCCAAGGAGAAAUCCCUCACACUGUUGCAGCUUACAGAGCAAUGGCGAACAGGAGGCAGGGGAGGAGGAGGGGGAGGCGGAGGAGUGGGGAGAGGGAAUGUGAAGGGAGGGGGAAAAGGGGAAUCCGAGAGUUGGGGUUCGUUGGUGAAAGGGAUCACUAAAGAGACAACAGAGCAGCUUAUAACGCAUAUGCUCCUGUCAUCUGUGCUGAGGGAGGAGUUUCAGCACUCGCCAUAUGCCACAAACGCCUACCUGCUUCCGGGCCGCAAUGCACACCGCGUCCUCACAGGUCAGAUGCGCGUUACAAUGGACAUCCCAAGACAAGCAACAACAACUACAACUCAUCCUCCUGCUGACCCAAGCGUUUCAACUGCACGAACCACCACUAUCACCAACACCGCAACUGCUACGAGUGCAGCCGCUGCUGCAUCUGACGCAAAGCUCUCCCGCCGCCUCGACCAAUUGCGUCGCUCCGUUGCCUCUCAACACGGCGGCCUGUUCCCACAUGCUGUGCUCUCCUCCCAUCAUCUCUUCGCUCUCUCGCAGUCGAAACCAGCCUCCAUGCAUCAGGUACGGCCCUCUUCACGCCUUCACACCUCCGUUGCAUCUCAACACAGCGGCCUGUUCCCACAUGCCGUGCUCUCCUCGCACCAUCUCUUUGCUCCCUCUCACUCCAAGCCAGCCACCAUGCAUCAGGUAAGGCUUUCUUCACACCAAGGUACAUCAUGUACAGCCCUCCUCACACCACAAGGCUUUGUUGCAUCUCAACACGGCGGGUUGUUCCCUCUUGGCGUGCUCUCCUCCCACCACCCCUUCGCUCUCUCCCACUCCAUGCCAGCCGCCAUGCCUCAGGUAAGGCCUCUCUGCACAUCUCAUUCCCUUUGUUGCUUCUCAACACGGCGGGUUCGUUCCCUCGUGCCGUGCUCUCCUCUCACCACCUCUUCGCGCUCUCUCACUCAAAACCAGCCAUCAUGCCUCAGGUAUUAG